GGAAGGUGUGUCCGUGUGUGUGUGUGUAUAAAAACACAAGCUUUCCCAGUUUUGUUGUACAAGAUUAAAACCCUAAUCCCAAAAAUCAUUGCUUUCCCCAAAACCAGGAGAAACCCUAAAUUGGAGAAUUGGGGCAUCAUCGAUGAGAAGAGCAGAGGAAUCGGCGUAGAUGCAUGUCGCCGGAGUGAGCUUGGAUCUGAACUGGUUCCUUCAUUUGAUAUUCACUCUGUUUGCGAUAGCGUUUGUGUUGCUUCACUUGGUCAAGAACACGGCCUCGAAGUACUUUGAGGUCGACGCCAAUUUCGACGGUGGUGCUGAUCGGACGGUGACGGCCCAAAUGCCCGGCGUCCCCAUCAACGAUUCCGCCUGCGCCGUCUGCGGCGGUGACGGCGUCAAGAAGUGCUCUCGCUGCAAAGCCUUCAGAUACUGCUCGCAGAAGUGCCAGACAGAGCAUUGGAGAUCAGGUCAUAAGAGUGAAUGCAAUGAUAUAGCAGCCGGUAGAAUCAGCCCAGCUCAAAACGCAUCGAGUAAUGCUAGAUUUAAAACUCCUGUUGCGCGUAAAAAUUUCAAAGGAAUUGCACUUGUUCCUACUCAUGGAAUCAUAACUAAGCGUUUCAAGCAGCCAAAAAAGAUUCUUUUCCCCUAUGAUGAAUUUGUUAAACUUUUCCAUUGGGAGAAGGCUGGACUUCCUCCUUGUGGGCUCUUAAACUGCGGGAACAGUUGCUUUGCCAACGUUGUUCUCCAGUGCCUUUCGUCCACUCGACCGCUUGUUGCGUACUUGUUAGAGAAGGGCCAUCGGAAAGAAUGCAUACGGGAUGACUGGUGCUUCCUCUGUGAAUUUGAAAGUCAUCUUGAAAGAGCAAGCCGAAGUUCACAGGCCUUUUCACCAACCAACAUUAUCUCUAGACUACCUAAUAUUGGUGGAAACCUUGGCUAUGGGAGGCAGGAGGAUGCUCAUGAACUCAUGAGGUUUGCCAUUGAUACAAUGCAGUCGGUGUGUCUUGAUGAGUUUGGUGGAGAGAAAGCUGUUGAUCCUAGCUCUCAAGAAACAACCAUCAUUCAACAUAUAUUUGGUGGCCAGCUACAAUCUCAGGUCAUUUGUUCAAAAUGCAAUAACAUAUCAAACCAAUAUGAGAAUAUGAUGGAUUUAACUGUUGAGAUUCAUGGGGAUGCUUCAUCAUUGGAGGAAUGCCUAGUCCAAUACACUGGCAGGGAGUCGCUUCAUGGCGAAAAUAUGUACAAAUGUGAUGGGUGCAAUGACUAUGUCAAGGCUUGGAAGAGACUUUCUGUUAAACGUGCUCCAAAUGUUCUGACAAUUGCCUUGAAAAGAUUUCAGAGUGGGCGCUUUGGGAAAAUUAACAAGAGAGUUACAUUUCCUGCGACACUAGAUCUCAGUCCUUACAUGAGUGAACCGGGAGAUGGUACAGAUAUUUAUAGCCUUUAUGGUGUUGUUGUCCAUGUGGAUAUGUUGAAUGCUUCGUACUUCGGUCAUUACAUCUGUUAUACCAAGGAUUUCCAUGGAAACUGGUACAGAAUUGAUGAUUGCAAGGUUAUGCCUGUUAAUUUGGAAGAGGUGCUUUCUCAGGGGGCAUAUAUGCUUUUAUAUAGCAGGGAUCAGGCACGAUCACCUUGUCUAAGCAUCCCUGAACCUCCAAGGAAGGAGGAAGAAAUGUCUGACGCCAGUGUUGAAGCAGAGUCUCACCCAGAUGAACUAGUUAAAUGUUCACCUAUGGAAUCUGCAGAUCCAACUCGACAUUAUGGGUCUGAACCAUCAGACAGUAGUCUGCGCGCACAAAUAACCAACUGUGUAGAAGCCUCAUCUGCUGUACUAGAGCAUCCUGAUGGUGUCACAGAUGUGUCUCGUCUCAUAUCAUCCUCAUCUGCUUCAAAAGGGGUUCACAUAAUUGAAGAAGAUACAGUUGAUUCACAGUCAAGUCCACCCACUUCACAGGAGAUAUCUGGUUGCGUGAACGUUCCUGUCACUGCAACAGAUCUUGAUAAAGUAAGAGGAGAUUCAAAUGGUGUGGAUGUAGCAAAUGACAAAUCAUGUCGGUCUGUGUAUGAGGAAGCAUUAGAAUGCUGCGAGAAGGAUCGCUCUUCUGCAGAUGAUAUGGAGUGGGAAUCGAGUACAGUCGUGGCACAGGACGUUGAAGUUUGCAAGAGCAACGGGACAAUUGAUGCAGUGGCACAGGAUAUUGAGGUUUGCAAGAGCAACCGGACAAUUGAUGCCGCUUUUGAAACGACCUCUCCAGUUGAACAUCCGGGCUUAAUGAAUGGGAACGGAUUUCAUAAACAGAUUGACGACGGUUAAACAACUAAAGGUGGGUAUACCUGAACAAUAAUCAUUGGUUGUGUUCAUAAUUCUUUGGCUCCCCUCAUCAUCAGAAGAAAAGAUUGAGCUGGGAAAUUCUUGGUCUGGGGUUUCACUAUUUGCAGAAAUCUCAGAUGUAAUUUUAACACUUUAAUUGGAGAAUCGUCCAUAAUGUAAUGGAAACAUCAUAAUGAGUUGGAAAGAGGUAUUCUUUUUUUUUUUUUUUUUUUUUUUUUUUGUUCUCUGUAAUGUACUUAAACUUCUUUGUUUUCACUAAACCAUGAUUAACCCUUUACAGUG